AUGGCCUUUGCUUUUGAAUUUCGUCCAGCUGAAACUAAGUAUUUAAGCUAUGUUGACACUGUGCUUAUGCUAAAAAACGACAUACUUAUGGUUACAAUGGAGCCAAAUAGAACCAUCAUUUGGGAGGCCUUGGGUUCCUCCAAUAUUAGUUUAACUGUGCCACUGAAUGGGGAUUUUCCACAUGCUUUUGAGGAAAUAUCCAUUUCAGAAAUUACAAAACUAAAUGGCACACAUUUACCAGGACAUUGUAACCGUAAAAACGGAAUUUGGAGAAACGCAAGCGCAACUCUUGGCGGCACUACAACAACCCCCACAAAAAGAAAUUGA